AUGGAGAAGCGGGGGGCGGAGCCCGAGGAGGCUGGCGGCGACAGCGACGAGGAAGAGGACGCGACUCGAGCCAUGGAGCGGGCGGAGGCGGGGGCGCCCGGCGGAUGGCCGGGGGCGCUGGAGCCUGACGAGCUCGACGACCUCCCUUGGUUUCAUGAUGAGCUGGAGCCAGCAGGAAGUUCUUCAUGUAGAGUCAUAGUACACGUGGAUCUGGAUUGCUUUUACGCACAAGUAGAAAUGAUCUCCAAUCCAGAACUAAAGGACAAACCUUUAGGGGUUCAGCAGAAAUCUUUGGUGGUUACCUGCAACUAUGAAGCUAGGAAACUUGGAGUUAAGAAACUUACGAGUGUCAGAGAUGCAAAAGAAAAGUGUCCACAGCUAGUACUAGUUAAUGGAGAAGACCUGACUCGUUACAGAGAGAUGUCAUACAAGGUUACAGAGCUGUUGGAAGAAUUUAGUCCAGUUGUUGAGAGACUUGGGUUUGAUGAAAAUUUUGUGGAUCUAACAGAAAUGGUUGAGAAGAGACUAGAGCAGCUUCAAAGUGAUGAACUCUCAGCACUAACUGUGUCGGGUCAUGUGUACAAUAAUCAACCUAUAAACCCACGUGACACGUCGCACAUCAGACUUCUUGUUGGAUCUCAGAUUGCGGCCGAGAUGCGGGAAGCCAUAUAUCAUCAGCUUGGUCUCACUGGCUGUGCAGGGGUGGCAUCUAAUAAAUUAUUGGCAAAAUUAGUUUCUGGCGUCUUUAAACCAAAUCAGCAAACGGUCUUACUACCUGAAAGUUCUCAAGAUCUCAUUCAUAGUUUGAACCACAUAAAGGAAAUGCCUGGUAUUGGCUAUAAAACGACCAAACGUCUGGAAGCACUGGGUAUCAGUAGUGUGCGUGAUCUUCAGACCUUUCCAUCCAAAAUAUUAGAAAAGGAAUUAGGAAUCUCAGUUGCUCAGCGUAUCCAGAAGCUCGGUUUUGGAGAGGAUGACUCCCCUGUGACCCCCUCAGGACCACCUCAGUCCUUUAGUGAGGAAGAUUCAUUUAAAAAAUGUUCAUCAGAAGUUGAAGUUAAAACUAAGAUUGAAGAACUACUUGCUAGUCUUUUGAACAGAAAUUUGAACAAUGAAGGUUUCGACAAUGGCUACACUGUGAUGGGGAGUAACUACAAAGAUAUGAAGAUACCCUUAAGAGGUACCCUGGGGCCAAGCAAAAGUGGCCAAGGAGGAGCAGACUUGGAAAGCAAGUCUUCCUCCCCUCCAGGAGAAGAUGUGGUUGCGGAACCCUGGAUGGUGGAGAAAGCCUGUCAGUCUCUGCUGGCAGCAAAGCUGCUGGCUUUGACAGCCAGCCUCAUCCUGGCGAAACUACUAUCCCAGCCGCCCUCUAUAUUGUCUUCUUGCACAUUUUAUUUAGGAAAUUAUGAUGUGAUGACCCCAAUGGUUGAUACCCUUAUGAAACUUUUUCGAAAUAUGGUGAAUGUGAAGAUGCCAUUUCAUCUUACCCUAUUAAGUGUGUGCUUCUGCAACCUCAAAUCCCUAAAUACUGCUAAGAAAGGGACUAUUGAUUAUUAUUUAACACCUUCAUUAUCAACAACUUCACACGCUGGAAAGCGCAGUUUUAAAAUGAAAGACUGUCAUAUGGAGGAUUUUUCUAAAGACAAGGAAACAAAUCGGGAUUUUCUACCAACCGGAAGGAUGGAAAGUACAAGAACUGGGGAGUCUCCACCAGAUCCCACAAAUUCUUCCAAAGAAAAAGACAAUAAUGAAUUUCCCCUCUCCUCACUUCCUGAGGAUAUUGACCAAGAAGUCUUCAAGCAGCUUCCUGUAGAUAUUCAAGAAGAAAUCCUUUCUGGGAAAUCUCGAGAAAAAGUUCAAGGAAAAGGAAGUUUGAGUUGUCCAUUACAUGCUUCUCGAGGAGUAUUAUCUUUCUUUUCUAAGAAACAAAAGCAGGAUAGUUCCUUAAAUCCUAAAGAUCAUGUACCCAAAAGCACACAGGUCUCCUCUGUAUCUCCCUGUGAACCAGGAACAUCAGGCGGUAGCAGUUCCUCUUAUGUGUCUAGCCAAAAGGAUUAUUCACAUUAUUUAGACAGUAGCUUAAAAGAUGAACGAAUGAGUCAAGGACCUAAAGAAUGUCAAGGAUUCCACUUUUCAAAUACAAACCCUGCUGUAUCUGUUUUCCAUUCAUUUCCAAAUUUGCAGAGUGAGCAACUUUUCUCCAAAAACCGUACCACAGACAGCCAUAAGCAACCAGUGCCAACAGUCUCUCAUCAUGAAGGACUUAAAGAAAAUAGACAGCAAGAGUCUUCUGAUGAGAAAAUUACUUUUCCUUCUGACAUUGAUCCUGAAGUUUUCUAUGAACUGCCGGAAGAGGUACAAAAAGAGCUGUUGGCUGAUUGGAAGAGAACGGGAGAUUUCCACACUGUACAUAAAUGAGCAUGCUCCACAAAAGGGAAAGACGGUUGUUCUCAGAUUAGCAGUUUAUUAAGCUCUUAUAAAUUAAACACUAAUACUUUCAAUAAUGUAGAAAUGUAAUAUGAAAUGUUCUAGAUAAAGCAAACAUGGGAAGAAAUUCUGGCACAAAGCAUAAAAAUAUAACAGAAAUAAUGUAAAAUAUUACCUUCCUCUCAUUCCUAACAUGUUUUAUAUUGCUUUUCAAUAAAGAGAGUAUCAUGAUCAGCA